AUGCAUUGUAAUAAAUUAGUUCUCAUCGUGGGCGCUACAAUAAUAUGCUUUGCAUCUGUAUUCAGUGAGGACGAAGAGAAACUCAGUUGGAAGGAAAAUGAUGGACUGGAGAUUAAAAUAAUAAAACCAAUCAAGCCAGAGAAAUGUAAGGUGAAAAGCCAACCUGGUGAUAUCGUUGAACAGUUCUACAAACUUUCUGAUACAGAUGGACAAACGAUAGGAUCCAAUUUCGGCAAGAAACCAUAUUCAUUUACACUUGGUAAAAAUCAAGUUAUCAGUGGCAUGGACCGUGCUAUGACCGGUAUGUGUAUCGGUGAAAAGAGGAAAGUGGUCAUCCCAGCACAUCUAGGUUUCGGAGAUGAUGGUCGAGACAGAGAUAAUAUAAGAGGUGGACAGACACUGUACUACACGAUACAGCUUGUGGAUCUAUUCAGACCGGUACCUGGUGAUUCGUGGACUGAUGACGAUGGUUUGAAAAUUGAGGUAACACACAAAAUUGAUGAGAAAGAAUGUCGCAAGGCCGACAAAGGUGAUACAAUUCAUCAGCACUAUACGCUUCACCUAGAGCAUUUCGAUGGGACAUUUAUCGAUUCAAGCUUUAGCCGAAAUGCGCCAUUCAUUUUCAGACUUGGAAAGGGAGAGGUGAUCGAAGGUAUGGAUCGAGCAAUGAGUGGUAUGUGUGAAGGGGAAAGAAGAAAAGUGGUCAUUCCAUGGAAAUUGGGGUAUGGCGCUGAAGGUCGAAAGCCAUCGAUACCUGGUAAAGCUGACUUGUACUUCGAUAUCGAACUUCGUAAAUUAAUUAAGCAUGAUGAGUUAUAA